AUGAAGCCACAUAACGUCACUGAAGACCAAAUCAAGCUAAGGGCAUUCCCCUUUGCUCUUCAAGACUCAGCAAAAGAAUGGCUAUAUUACCUACCACCGGGGUCGGUAACUACUUGGAAUGCACUUGCAAAGCUGUUUCUUGAUAAAUACUUCCCAGAAGUAAAAGCCUCCUUUCUACGAAAGGAAAUCAUCGGGAUUAAGCAAGCUAAAAGGGAAGCUCUACACACUUACUGGGAAAGGUUUAAGAAACUGUGUGCCCGUUGCCCACAACACGGCAUAACUGAUCACCAACUCCUUCAAUACUUCUGUGAAGGAUUAGCACCAAUGGAGAGGCGUUUGAUUAAUGCCUCUAGUGGAGGAGCUUUACUUGAUAAGACGCCGACUCAGAUAAGAGCCUUGAUUACCUCCAUAGCUGAAGACACCAAGCACUCGGCACAGGAUGAUGAGUGGUACACGGAUGUUCCACGAACAGUCAAGGAAGUGAGCACUCCUCACAUUGAAACUCAGCUAGCUGAGUUAACCAAAGAAAUCAUGCAACUUACCAAGGACAAGAGUGCUGAGCCACAAGCUCGAGCUUGUGAAAUUUAUCUACAAUUUGGACACCCCACUGAUAUGUGUCCCACACUGCAAGAUGAUAUUGAACAAGCACAAGCACUUGGAGGUUACCCGGGAGAGAACUCAAGGCAAUAUGAACAAUAUCAAGGCAAUCAGAAUUGGGGACCUCCUAACAUGAGUUAUCAGCAAAGGCCCCCACAGUAUCAGCAACACCCGCCCUUCCAAGGUAAUCAACAUCAACAAAACUAUUAG